AGGUUUUUUCCCCUUUAAGAGGCGGUGCCGGGGUCGGAGCCAUUUUCCCUUCAGCAGCAGCAGCAGCAGCAGCGGCGGCGGCGGCGAGAGAAGAGCUGGUGUUGGCUUGGCGGGUGAGAAGACAACACCCUGCAAAAGCCCAGGCCUCCCCCAGUUUGGAGGACAUGGCAUCGGGCAUUGGGUCUCCGUCACCAUGCUCGGGGGGCAGCGACGAUGAUGAGAUGGAGAUCCUGUUGAACAACGCUAUGCCCCAGCAUCCUGAGCCUGAGGAAGAGCCAGAAGAAGAGCUUCUCUCAGAGGCUGACACCCCCAAAAUCAAGAAGAAGAAGAAGCCCAAGAAGCUAAAGGAACCCAAAGUGCCCAAGCUCAGCAAACGUCAGAAGAAGGAGCUGGGCGACAGCUCUGGUGAGGGGAAUGAGUUUGUGGAGGAAGAAGAGGAGGUUCUGCGCUCUGACAGUGAGGGCAGUGACUACACUCCAGGGAAAAAGAAAAAGAAGAAAUUAGGGCCCAAGAAGGAAAAGAAAAACAAAGCCAAGCGCAAGGAGGAGGAAGAAGAGGAGGAAGAAGAUGAUGACUCAAAGGAGCCAAAAUCAUCUGCUCAGCUCCUGGAAGACUGGGGCAUGGAGGAUAUUGAUCAUGUCUUCACAGAGGAGGAUUACCGCACUCUGACCAACUACAAAGCGUUCAGCCAAUUUGUCAGGCCGCUUAUCGCAGCCAAGAACCCUAAGAUAGCAGUGUCAAAGAUGAUGAUGGUUCUGGGAGCUAAAUGGAGGGAGUUUAGCACGAACAACCCCUUCAAGGGAAGUUCAGGCGCAUCAGUGGCAGCUGCUGCGGCUGCAGCUGUUGCAGUAGUGGAGAGUAUGGUGACAAAUGUGGACACUGUCCUGCCACAGCCUCCUGUGGAAGUGCCGCUCAGGAAGGCCAAGACGAAGGAGGGCAAAGGACCCAAUGCCCGGCGGAAGCCAAAGGCCAGUCCUCGUAUUCCUGAUAUCAAGAAACCUAAAACAAAGAAGGUGGCACCUUUGAAAAUCAAACUGGGAGGAUUUGGUUCCAAGCGUAAAAGAUCAUCAAGUGAAGACGAUGAUCUGGACGUGGAGUCAGACUUUGAUGAUGCCAGCAUCAACAGCUACUCUGUUUCAGAUGGGUCUACAAGCCGCAGUAGCCGCAGUCGCAAAAAACUCAAAGCUGGGAAAAAGAAAAAGAAAGGUGAGGAGGACUCCACAGUGGCUGUGGAUGGCUAUGAGACUGAUCACCAGGACUACUGUGAGGUGUGUCAGCAGGGAGGAGAAAUUAUACUGUGUGAUACCUGCCCUCGUGCCUACCACAUGGUCUGCCUGGACCCAGACAUGGAGAAAGCCCCAGAAGGCAAAUGGAGCUGCCCACACUGUGAAAAAGAGGGCAUUCAGUGGGAAGCUAAGGAGGAUAACUCUGAAGGUGAAGAAAUCCUGGAGGAUGUUGUUGGAGAUGCUGAGGAAGAAGAUGACCACCAUAUGGAGUUCUGUAGAGUCUGCAAGGAUGGGGGAGAGCUGCUGUGCUGUGAUGCCUGUCCUUCAUCCUAUCACAUCCACUGUUUGAAUCCCCCGUUGCCAGAGAUUCCCAAUGGAGAGUGGCUGUGUCCUCGCUGCACUUGCCCAGCUUUGAAAGGCAAGGUGCAGAAGAUCCUGAUCUGGAAGUGGGGCCAGCCCCCAGUUGGCCCACCACCACCACGCCCGCCUGAUGCAGACCCCAAUGCUCCUCCCCCUAAACCCCUGGAGGGCCGACCUGAACGGCAGUUCUUUGUCAAAUGGCAGGGCAUGUCCUAUUGGCACUGCUCCUGGGUGUCAGAGCUGCAGCUGGAGCUGCACUGCCAGGUCAUGUUUCGUAACUACCAACGCAAAAAUGACAUGGAUGAGCCCCCCUCAGGGGACUUCGGAGGGGAGGAGGAGAAAAGCCGGAAGAGGAAGAACAAGGACCCCAAGUAUGCAGAGAUGGAGGAGCGCUUCUAUCGAUACGGGAUCAAGCCCGAGUGGAUGAUGAUCCACAGGAUCCUUAAUCAUAGUGUGGACAAGAAGGGGAAUGUUCACUACUUGAUUAAAUGGAGAGACCUGCCCUAUGACCAGGCAUCCUGGGAAAGUGAAGAUGUGGAUAUCCAAGACUAUGACAUCUACAAGCAAGCUUACUGGAAUCACAGGGAGCUGAUGAGAGGUGAAGAGGGCAGGCCUGGGAAGAAGCUAAAGAAAGUGAAGAUGCGAAAACUAGAAAGGCCUCCUGAAACUCCCACAGUGGAUCCGACAGUGAAGUAUGACCGGCAGCCAGAGUACCUGGAUGUGACAGGGGGAACCCUGCAUCCCUACCAGCUGGAAGGCCUGAACUGGCUGCGCUUCUCCUGGGCCCAGGGCACAGAUACAAUCCUGGCAGAUGAGAUGGGGCUGGGAAAGACUGUGCAGACAGCUGUGUUCCUCUAUUCCUUAUACAAGGAGGGCCACUCAAAGGGUCCCUUCUUGGUCAGUGCUCCCCUGUCCACAAUCAUCAACUGGGAACGAGAAUUUGAGAUGUGGGCUCCAGACAUGUAUGUGGUGACCUAUGUUGGUGACAAGGACAGCCGGGCUAUCAUCCGGGAGAACGAGUUCACCUUUGAGGAUAAUGCUAUACGUGGAGGCAAGAAGGCAUCCAGAAUGAAGAAGGAGGCUGCUGUGAAGUUCCAUGUGCUUCUCACCUCCUAUGAACUGAUCACCAUUGAUAUGGCCAUACUAGGCUCUAUUGACUGGGCCUGUCUCAUAGUGGAUGAAGCUCACAGGCUGAAGAACAACCAGUCUAAGUUCUUCCGCGUGCUCAAUGGUUACUCCCUCCAGCACAAGCUGCUGCUUACAGGAACUCCCCUACAGAAUAACCUGGAAGAACUGUUCCACCUACUGAACUUUCUGACACCAGAGAGAUUCCAUAACUUGGAGGGCUUCCUAGAAGAGUUUGCAGAUAUUGCCAAGGAAGAUCAGAUCAAGAAACUGCACGACAUGCUUGGCCCACACAUGCUGAGGCGUCUCAAAGCUGAUGUUUUCAAGAAUAUGCCAUCUAAGACUGAACUCAUUGUCAGAGUGGAGUUGAGCCCCAUGCAGAAGAAAUACUACAAAUACAUUUUGACAAGAAACUUUGAGGCACUGAACGCACGAGGUGGUGGUAACCAAGUCUCCUUGCUCAAUGUUGUUAUGGAUCUGAAGAAGUGUUGUAACCACCCCUACCUCUUUCCUGUGGCUGCUAUGGAAGCUCCCAAAAUGCCAAAUGGUAUGUAUGAUGGGAGUGCUCUGAUUCGAGCCUCUGGAAAGCUGUUACUGCUCCAGAAGAUGUUGAAGAACCUUAAGGAAGGCGGUCACAGGGUGCUCAUAUUCUCUCAGAUGACUAAAAUGUUGGACCUUCUGGAAGACUUUUUGGAACAUGAAGGGUACAAAUACGAGCGAAUUGAUGGAGGGAUCACAGGGAACAUGCGGCAGGAGGCAAUCGAUCGCUUCAACGCUCCUGGUGCUCAGCAGUUUUGCUUUCUGCUUUCAACUCGAGCUGGGGGUCUUGGUAUUAACCUGGCUACAGCAGAUACUGUGAUUAUCUAUGAUUCAGACUGGAACCCCCACAAUGAUAUCCAGGCCUUCAGUCGUGCACACAGAAUUGGACAGAACAAGAAAGUGAUGAUUUACCGCUUUGUGACAAGGGCCUCAGUGGAGGAGCGUAUCACUCAGGUGGCCAAGAAGAAAAUGAUGCUAACUCAUCUGGUAGUGAGACCAGGCUUGGGCUCCAAGACAGGCUCCAUGUCCAAACAGGAACUUGAUGACAUUCUCAAAUUUGGCACUGAAGAACUCUUCAAGGAUGAAGCUACUGAGGGGGGAGAUAACAAAGAAGGCGAAGACAGCAGUGUCAUCCACUAUGAUGACAAAGCAAUUGAGCGUCUCUUGGAUCGGAACCAGGAUGAAACAGAAGAUACAGAACUUCAGGGCAUGAAUGAGUAUCUCAGUUCCUUCAAGGUGGCCCAGUAUGUGGUCCGUGAAGAGGAGAUGGGGGAGGAAGAGGAGGUGGAACGGGAGAUCAUUAAGCAGGAGGAGUCAGUAGAUCCUGACUACUGGGAGAAGCUGCUGCGGCACCACUAUGAACAGCAGCAGGAGGACCUGGCCAGGAACCUGGGCAAGGGCAAGCGCAUUCGCAAGCAAGUGAACUACAACGACGGCUCGCAGGAGGACAGAGGUAUAAGCCCCAGAGAGCCGAGGGAGGGGUCGGCACGAGUGCAGGGUGCUGGGAGGCAACGGAGCAGCCUGGCAGGCUCACGAGCUGCUUCUCUUCCAGACUGGCAGGAUGACCAGUCGGAUAACCAGUCGGACUACUCAGUGGCUUCUGAAGAAGGAGAUGAGGACUUUGACGAGAGGUCUGAAGCAGCUCGUCGGCCUAGCCGCAAGGGCCUGAGGAAUGAUAAGGAUAAGCCUCUGCCUCCCUUACUUGCCCGUGUAGGAGGAAACAUUGAAGUGCUGGGUUUCAAUGCUCGUCAGCGCAAAGCCUUCCUCAAUGCUAUCAUGCGCUAUGGAAUGCCACCUCAGGAUGCCUUCACCACUCAGUGGCUUGUCCGGGACCUCCGUGGCAAGUCAGAGAAAGAGUUCAAGGCUUACGUCUCGCUGUUCAUGCGCCAUUUGUGUGAGCCUGGGGCUGAUGGUGCAGAGACCUUUGCAGAUGGAGUCCCGCGGGAAGGUCUCUCUCGCCAACACGUUCUCACUCGCAUUGGGGUCAUGUCGCUCAUACGCAAGAAGGUGCAGGAAUUUGAGCAUGUGAAUGGCCGCUGGAGUAUGCCAGAACUGGCAGAGAUAGAGGAGAACAAGAAACUUUCGCAGCCAAGCUCACCCUCUCCUAAAACUCCAACUCCUUCAACACCAGGGGAUACGCAGCCAAACACACCUGCCCCUGUCCCUCCAACUGAAGAAGGAGUAAAAGCAGAAGAAGGAGCCAGUGCGAAGGAGGUGGGAGAGUCAUCUGAAGCAGAGAAAGAGCUCGGUGCCUCUGCUGCUGAAACAGAGGUGCCUGUGGAGCAGUGUGCCCAGCCUGCGGAGACACCACCGCAAGAAGCUAAAUCCCCAGUCAACUCCACAGAAACAGACGAAAAGAAAGUAGAGGAACCAGAGGCGAAGGAAAGACCAGAUGAGCCAAUGGAAGUGGAAAGCAAAGCUGACUUGGAGAAAGUAGAAGAUAGGCCACCAGCUGAGAAUACCUCUGAACCUGCUAUAAUCACCCUGGAUGAGAAAGAUGAGAAAAAGGAGGAUGACAAGAGAGAUGUGGUGAUGCUGCAGAAUGGAGAGAUGCUGAAGGAGUCAGCAGAUGAAAGGCACAAGAAGGCAGUGAAGCAGCGCUUCAUGUUCAACAUAGCAGAUGGUGGCUUCACUGAACUGCAUUCACUGUGGCAGAAUGAAGAGCGUGCUGCAACUGUCACAAAGAAGACCUAUGAGAUCUGGCACCGACGUCAUGACUACUGGCUUCUUGCUGGGAUCAUCAAUCAUGGCUAUGCCCGUUGGCAGGAUAUUCAGAAUGAUCCACGUUACGCCAUCCUCAAUGAGCCCUUCAAGGGUGAGAUGAACAGGGGCAACUUCCUGGAAAUAAAGAAUAAGUUCUUGGCAAGGAGAUUUAAGCUCCUGGAGCAAGCACUGGUGAUUGAGGAGCAGCUGCGGCGAGCUGCCUAUCUGAACAUGUCAGAAGACCCAUCUCAUCCAUCUAUGGCUCUGAACACACGUUUUGCAGAGGUGGAAUGCUUGGCUGAGAGCCAUCAACACCUGUCCAAGGAGUCAAUGGCUGGCAAUAAACCAGCCAAUGCUGUGCUGCACAAAGUUCUGAAACAGCUGGAGGAGCUUUUGAGUGACAUGAAGGCAGAUGUGACUCGUUUGCCUGCCACCAUUGCCCGUAUCCCUCCUGUGGCAGUGCGUUUGCAGAUGUCAGAGCGCAACAUCCUCAGCCGGCUGGCUAACCGCAGCAGUGAGCCCCCACCCCCACCUCCCCAGCAAGUGGCCCAGCAGCAGUGAGUCCCUGGCCCAGUGCUGUUGACCUUUUGGCCAAGCUGAAGUGACCCCUGUCCCCCUCUCACCCCGCCCCUUUCACACUCUACCCCUCUGCCUGACAUUCCUGACUGGGUGCUGUUUCCCUCCUGGAAGCUGCUACACAAGUCUCUGGGAGAAGAAACUCCUUCCUCUGCAGCCAGCCUGUUAGAGCGAGGAGUGUGCUUAGGAGAGGGGGAUGGAUGGACUCUGUACAUAGUGACUGGAGGCCCCAGCGCCAUGUCUGUUACAUGGAAAACCUGGCUGUGGUUGCUUGCUGCCUCCACCUGGAAUUCCAGGUUUUGUUUUGGUUUAGGGUUUGGGUUUUUUUUUUUCGUGUUGUUUGGAUUGUGUUGGGGUUUUUUAAAUUUUUUGUUAGGCUGUUUUUCGGUGGGUUUUUUUGGUUGGUUUUAUUAUUUUAUGUCUGAGUUUGUUUACUGAGCUGAGGGUGCAGGCAAGACCAAGCAAAAGCCAGGACUUGAGACAAAGCUACCUCCAUCGAGAUCCUUUUUAAUACAAAAACUGACUAGACGUGUCCACUAAUAACAGCUUGAAGAAAAACAAAACAAAAAACAAAACAUAAAAAAAACGAGAAAAAAUAUAAUAAACCACAAACAUACCAGAGCAAAACCUUGGUACAACUGAAAUAAAGUUUCCUUGUAUUUUA